UUUAAAAAAAGAUUCUUUUCUUUUUUGUUUUCAGUCUCACUAAAAUUCUGUCUGUUUAUAAGUAGAAACAAAUCAAACCAAAAAUAGCAAGAGGCAAGAAAUAAUAAGAAUCAGAGCAGAAUGAAGUUAAAGCUGAAUAAUAAAAUAAUCCCCCUGAAGCAUCAGCAAAAUUAAAGGCUAUUUUUUUACAAGUAUAUUGAUUUCAAGAUGCAAAAUAAUUUUUCAUACAGCUUGUUGUUUUAAUUUUAGCAGAAUUUAUUACUACUGACAAAGUUUCUUUGACUUCUGUCUAGCUGCUUGUCUUUCCUUAAAAACACACACCUAGAUGUUAAGACUUGCAGGCAGGAGCCAGGUCUUGACACUGAUGUCAUUGUGGUGUCACCGAUGGCUUUGGUCUUUGACUAAUGUACUUCAUUCUAUUGAUGGAAUGAACAAAUAACGAAUAAACUGUGUUUGGGACUCUUGCAGGCAAGCAUGGGAGGACGGAAGAUGGCGAGAGAUGAAGAAAAUGUCUGUGGUCUAGAAGAUGACAGCCAGUCCUUCCAGGCUCCCAAGCUGAGACUCAUCCUGGCUGGGAGGACAGGAGUGGGGAAGAGCGCCACGGGGAACACUCUCCUGGGUAGGAAGAUGUUCCUCUCCAGGCUUGGAGCCUCCGCCGUCACCAGAACGUGCACUGUGGCUAGUGGCAGCUGGGACAGGUGGCACAUGGAUGUCAUUGACACCCCGGACAUCUUCACCUCCGAAGUCUCCAAGACAGACCCAGAGGGCGUGGAGAGAGGUCGUUGCUACCUGCUCUCCUCCCCAGGGCCCCACGCACUGCUCCUAGUGACCCAGCUGGGUCGCUACACGGCCCAUGAUCAGGAGGCUGUGAUGAAGGUGAAGGAGAUGUUCGGGGAGGAUGUGAUGGCACGGACGGUCAUUGUCUUCACCAGGAAGGAGGACCUUGUCGGUGGGUCUCUACAGGACUACGUGCGCUGCACGGACAAUCAGGCCCUGCGAGAGCUGGUGGCCGAGUGCGGAGGCAGAGUCUGUGCCUUCGACAAUGGAGCUACCGGCAGUGAGCAAGAGGCCCAGGUGAAGCAGCUGCUGGGCCUGGUAGAGCACCUUGUGAGGGAGAAUGCGGGCAGCCACUACACCAACAAGGAAUACUGCUUUGUGCAGUCCCUGCCUUGGGCCAGCCCGGAGCAGCGUCUCCAAAUGGUGGCGGAGAAGGUGAAGGCCCGCAUGCAGAGGUCUACUGCAAAAUGGCCACUGACCUGGCUGUGGAAGUGGCAGAAGUCGCUAGGUAGCAGGUGGAGAUGGAAGCUGGUCCUCGUGUUGGGGGGCUCUCUCCUGCUCUGUGUGUUACUCUGGAGGUGCCAGCCCGAGGUCUUCACUGAGGUCAGUCGUGAGCAAUUGCGAUCUCUUGCCUCACAGUCACAGCAAAGGGAGCAGCUAUAUCAACCUGUUAGAAGAAAACUGAGAACGCAUCAACUGGUUCAACAACAGGUGCCUGAGCUAACAAACAAACAUCUUCACAAAGACAUGGAUGAUUUUCAAAAGAACGCAAUGAGAAUCGUUCUGGUGGGGAAGACAGGAAGUGGAAAAAGUGCAACAGCAAACACGAUCCUUGGAAAGGAACUCUUUAAAUCUGGAAUAAGUGCCCAGUCUCUUACCAACAGCUGCCAAAAAGCAUUCACGGCCUGGAAAGGGAGGAAACUCCUUAUUGUAGACACCCCAGGGUUCUUUGACACCGAGGAAAAACUGGAUAAAACCUGCCGGGAAAUCAGCAAGUGUGUCCUCUUCUCCUGCCCAGGGCCUCAUGCCAUUGUCCUGGUUAUGCAGCUGGGCCGCUACACAGAAGAAGAACAGAAAACGGUCGCGCUGAUAAAGACUCUCUUUGGAAAGUCAGCAAUGAAGCACAUGGUCGUCUUGUACACUCGCCAAGAAGAGCUGGAGAACCGUAGCCUUGAUGACUUUUUAGCAAAGGCAGAUGUGAACCUAAAAUGCCUCAUCCAGGAGUGUGGGAACCGCUGUUAUGCCAUCAGCAACAGAGCAGCGGAGGCUGAGAAGCAAGCUCAAGUGCAGGGGCUGAUGGAGCUGAUAGAGAAGAUGGUGCAGGAAAAUGAAGGGAAGUAUUUUUCUGAGAAGAUAUAUGAGGACAUAGAGGAAAAACUGCAAAAAAAGGAGGAAUAUUUAAAGAAAACAUAUGCUGAUCAGUUACAGAGUGAAAUUAAGUUUAUAGAAAAUGAUCCUAGUCUUAAAUCAAAGGAAGAAAAAGCUGAGAAAAUAGAAAAGGCAAAGAUGAGAUAUGAUGAAAAAAUUAAGAAUAUCAAAGAAGAAGUUGAGGAAAGUAUAUUUCAAUAUAUCUUCAGUCUGAUUAAGCAGUUCCUUCAGAACAUAUGGUCAAAAUUUUGGCAGCAGUGCCUGCAAAAUCAGAGAGGGCCUCAGGACCCAGAUUUUCAAGGAAUUCAAGCUACGAUGGCAUCCCAAUACCAUGGAAAUGAAAGCCAACGGCGCUCUGGUUCUCAACUGAGAAUUGUCUUAGUGGGUAAAACGGGAGCAGGAAAAAGUGCCACAGGGAACAGCAUCCUUGGAGAGAAAGUAUUUGCUUCUGGCACUGAGUCAAAACCUAUCACCAAGUACUGUCAGAAAAUGAGCAGCACAUGGAAUGGAAAAGAAAUUGUUGUUGUUGAUACACCUGGCAUUUUUGACACCGAGAGGAAGGAUGCUGACACACUCAAAGAGAUCUCUCGCUGCAUUCUCCUGACCUCCCCAGGGCCUCAUGCUGUGGUUCUGGUGGUCCCACUGAGCAGUUACUCUAGGGAAGAUCAGAAGGCCACUGAGAAGAUUCUGAAAAUGUUUGGAGACAGAGCCAGAAGAUUCAUGAUUCUCUUAUUCACCCGGAAAGAUGACUUGGGUGGCACUGAUAUCCACGAUUACUUAAGCACGGCUCCCCAAGCAAUUCAAGAAUUGGCGGGCACGUUUGGUCAUCGCUACUGCGCAUUCAACAAUAAGGCAACAAAGGCUGAACAGGACAUCCAGAGAGCACAGUUUCUGGACCUGAUGCAGCGUGUGGUCAGAGAGAAUAAAGGAGAAUACUACACCAACAAAAUAUAUCAAAAGGCAGAGGAGGAGAUUCAGAAGCAAACCCAACUGAUGCAAGAACAAUUCAGAGCAGAGCUAGAGAUAGAGAAAGAACGCUUUAGAGAGGGGUGUCAAGAGGAAUUGCGAACAGUAGAAGAUCAUUUGGAGGAGGAAAAAAGAAAUGAAGAAACGAAAAGAGAAUUGCCAGAAACGGAGACUUUCUGUAUCUCCAGGCAGCAAAAUGCUAGAAUGGGAGCUGAGGAGCAGGAUGGAAUCCUACGAGGAAUCCUCAACGCAUUGGUGUCAGUUUUCUUAAUCAUUCUUCGUACUUUUGUGAACAAUUAAAUCUAAUAAAGAAUCUGACUGGUCUUUUCUGCAA